GACAGGAGGAAUUGAUUCGCUUUGCAAACUUUUCACCUUCGAAAAAAGCUGGGAAUGCAGUAGUAUAGACGCGGCAUCCUCCCUUUUCUUCUUCGCUGUGACAGUCGUAGAAGUAGUGAUGGAGUCCGACGCGUCGCCGUCGUCAUCGCCGUCGUCUCUAUCCCCUCCCGCUGUUCCGAUGGAGCUCCACGUGCGGAACCGCGAGAAGCUCCUGAAAUCGCUCCGCCAGAGCCUCAGCGAUUCCGGCCGUCCUCUCCACGGCUUCGUCUUCCUUCAGGGAGGCGAGGAGCAAGCGCGCCACGACACCGAUCACACAGAGCUCUUCAGGCAGGAGAGCUAUUUUGCUUAUUUAUUUGGAGUAACAGAGCCUGGAUUUUUUGGAGCUAUCGAUAUCAUGAGUGGAAACUCUCUGCUUUUUGCUCCUCGGCUUCCCUCAGAGUAUGCUGUUUGGCUGGGAGAAAUAAAGCCUUUGUCAUUCUUUGAGGAAAAAUACAUGGUCAACAAGGUGUUUUAUACUGAUGACAUUGUAAAAGUUCUCCACGAGCUGUUCCAAGGACAGGGAAAACCUUCAUUGUUUCUCUUGCAUGGGCUUAACACUGAUAGUAACAAUUUCUCCAAACCAGCUGAGUUCGAGGGAGUGGAAAACUUCGCCACGGACUUGACUACCCUACAUCCUAUUUUGACUGAAUGUCGUGUUACAAAGUCCGAUUUGGAGCUUGCUGUAAUUCAGUUUGCCAAUGAUAUAAGCUCUGAAGCUCAUGUUGAGGUAAUGAGGAAGAUUAAGGUUGGCAUGAAAGAGUACCAAUUAGAAAGCACGUUUCUUCAUCACACAUACAUGUAUGGUGGGUGCCGCCACUGCUCAUACACGUGUAUUUGUGCCACUGGUGGAAACAGUGCUGUUCUCCACUAUGGGCAUGCAGCUGCUCCAAAUGACCGGACGUUGGAGGAUGGGGAUAUGGCAUUGUUUGAUAUGGGAGCUGAAUAUCAUUUUUAUGGAUCUGAUAUUACCUGUUCAUUCCCAGUGAAUGGCAAGUUUACAAGUGAUCAGAGUCUAAUAUACAAUGCAGUACUUCAAGCACAUGAUGCGGUGAUUGCUGCUACUAAACCUGGAGUUAGCUGGGUAGAUAUGCACAAAUUAGCAGAGAAGACUAUUCUCCAGUCAUUGAGGGAAGGAAGCAUCAUAUCUGGUGAUCUGGAUCAUAUGAUGGUUGAGCGUUUGGGAGCAGCCUUUAUGCCCCAUGGGCUGGGACAUCUAUUGGGUAUUGAUACUCAUGAUCCUGGUGGCUACCUGCAGGGGUUGGAGAGACCAAAAGAACCUGGAUUGAGUUCAUUGCGGACAGUCAGAGAUCUCCAGGAAGGAAUGGUGAUAACAGUGGAGCCUGGAUGCUACUUUAUCGAUGCUUUGUUGGUUCCGGCAAUGGAAAGCACAAAGACAUCACAGUUCUUCAAUCAUGAUGUAAUUGGAAGAUUCAGAACUUUUGGUGGAGUGAGAAUCGAAAGCGACGUGUGUGUUACCGCAACUGGUUGCAAAAACAUGACGGACGUCCCUCGCCGGACGUGGGAGAUUGAAGCCGUGAUGGCAGGAGCACCAUGGCCGCCGCGCUUGUCCCCUGCUCACUUCGAGAGCUGAUAGAACAAGUUCAAAAGCCAGUCCGCUCAGUGCUGGAAGCGUGGCUUCACGCUCCGAGUCUAAGAGAAUAAAGGGCAUUUUUUACAUGCCAAACUCCGGUGAUAUUUGAACAUGUCGGAAGACGCGGCUUGCUCAGAUUAGGGGCCUUUGCACAUUCAAUCGUGCUAGGUUGACGCUAGGCGAGCCAAAACUCAGACAUCAUUCCAAUUUGACGCUUGAAUUCAUUCGAGGACUACUUUUUA